ACUGCUCCUAUAAAACUAAAAAAAUAUUUAAAUUAUUAAUCGUUUGAUACCAAAAGUUGUGUUUAUUUAACAGUGUAGAAUAAAUUGAGGCAUUUAUCAAUUAACAUUUAAAAAAUGCCCAAAUCAGCGAAACAAUCCAAACCCAAGCAAAACCCGACUCAGAAAGCACAAAAUGUUAUUACAAAACCAAAACAAGCCGUCUCCCCGAAAUCGAUUGUUUUGGAACAAAACGGGGAAAAGAAAAUUCUGAAAAAAAUCAAACUCAAAGGACCACCAAAAAACAUUUCAAAACUCAAGCAAAAGCCCGAAGGGAAGGAUAACAGCAAAAGAAGUACUUUUGUUUGCACUUUCUGUCAAUGUACAUUCGAUAAUCAGGAAGCACUUAAGCAACAUUUUGUGAAACAUGGAACCGGAUCUGAAUUUGGUAAGAUUCCGUCUGGAAGCGGUGAAGGUACCAUUGUAUUGAUCGAGUGUGAAUGGUGCCCGGAAACAUUCACCAAGCUAUCGAAAGCAAUCGAACACAAGUACCGGAAGCAUAACUAUGAAAGUAAGAACUAUUUUUGCACCCUCUGUGGUAGACUAUUUCCGCUAAAGGUGGCCCUUGAGCAACAUCAAAAUAUGGAGCAUAAGGAUGAUAAGGAAAUGAACGUUCCACGUCUGGACUUCAUUUGCGGCUUUUGUGGAACUGCUUUCAUUUGCCAAGUUGCUCUGGAACUGCACGUAAAAACGGCUCAUAAUUUAGAAAAGCGUAUGAUGGCUCAUCCGUUCAUUCCAAAGCCAUCGAAAAAGGUUCGCCUCAACCAGGCAGGUGAAAUCAUAUCAAUCUACUAUUGCUAUCUGUGUGGUUCGGAGUAUAUGCUGAAGUUCAAUCUCCUAAAGCAUAUCGAAGAUCAUCAUUCGUACGAAGACCGGUGUGCCAUGCCGGAGGAUAUGUUUAAAUGUAGUACUUGUGAUUCUAUGUUCUAUACGAAGAAAGCAUUCGAUGCUCACAAUAUCCACCACAAGCCGGAAGAUUUGUAUGUCACCAGCGAAGAGCACCGGUUGAAUAUAGUUGCUCGAGUGGAUCAAGAUUUCGACUUCCAACGAGUACCGACAGCGUUGGAUAAAGCCUUGGGAUCAAUUGGAACUGGGUCGGACUCUGCGGUUACUCUUGCCAAAAAGCAUAGGAAAAAGAUUAAGAGAUCCAAGGAUAAUCCUUCUAGCACUGCCGCUAGCAGUGGUAGCGCUGACGAGAAGGAAGCUCCUGUUAUAGAUUUAUCUGCAUUAUAAACAAAAAUGAUGUUCGAGCCGUUAAGUUGGUACAGAUGCAACCGAACUUGCCCCAGUUAAGGACAAGGCCAUGUACUUCCCCACUUCGUGUUUUCAGAGGCACAAGUCACAUACAGAAAAUUUAACUUGAUGCUGCAGCAAGUUUCGUACAAGUUUGUGAUCGAGAAAAUGCGUAGUGGUGAAACAAAUUGUAUGGGAAGCGGCUUCCGUGAACCACGUCCUUAAUUUUAACAAAAUGGUUGGUGAAUGAGGCAGUUAGAGAUUCGAACAGUAGUUUUAUAAGAAAACGAUAAUUAGGCAAGAGUCUGAGUAAAAGUAGCAAUUCCGGAGAACUUUGAGAUUUGGGCGUAGUUGCUUUUGUAAACAAACACGUCAAUCACCGAUUUCGCGCGAAGAACAAACUAUACCAAAUGAUAGAGGAACCACUCCUCUAUCUGUUUGUGUUAUUAGUUUUUUAGAUUGAGCUUUAAUUCGCGAGAAAUCGUCAAAUGACGUGUUUGUUUAUAAAAGCAAUUACGCCCUAUUCUCGAAGUUCUCCGGAAUUAAAACCCGUACGCAA